GCACAUCCCUAUUUCUGUCAAUGUCAUCUGUCAACGUGUCAAUUAUUUGGUUGAGUUUUAGAUAUUUGGCGUUGGUCUAGCUUUUACGAAAUUUACCAAUAAUUUUCGCAGAAUGGCCGAGUAUCUGGCCUCUAUUUUCGGCACAGAGAAAGAUAAAGUAAACUGCUCCUUCUACUUCAAAAUCGGUGCGUGUCGCCACGGAGAUCGCUGUUCGAGAAUCCACAACAAACCAACAUUCUCUCAAACAUGUUUGCUCCAAAAUUUGUAUGUGAAUCCACAGAACUCGGCUAAGUCUGCAGAUGGAAGUCACUUGGUUGCCAAUGUGUCUGACGAAGAAAUGCAGGAGCACUAUGAUAAUUUCUUUGAGGAUGUAUUUGUGGAGUGUGAAGACAAAUAUGGAGAAAUUGAAGAGAUGAACGUAUGUGACAACCUUGGUGAUCAUCUUGUCGGCAAUGUUUAUAUUAAGUUCAGAAGAGAGGAGGAUGCCGAAAAAGCUGUGAACGAUCUGAAUAACCGCUGGUUUGGAGGAAGGCCUGUAUAUGCCGAACUGAGUCCCGUGACUGACUUUAGGGAAGCAUGCUGUCGUCAGUAUGAAAUGGGAGAAUGCACCAGGUCUGGCUUUUGCAAUUUCAUGCAUCUGAAGCCCAUCUCCAGAGAGCUGAGAAGGUAUCUGUACUCUCGCAGAAAAGGAGGCCGUAUUGGAGGAGGGCGUAGAUCAAGGUCUCGUUCACCACCACGCAAAGGGCGUUCCAGGUCCAGAGAAAGGAGGGGUGGCUCCCGAUCUCCCCCGAAACACAGGGGAAGGAGUGGUCGAUACUAAAUUGUAUUUUCAUUACAUCGCUCGUAUGACUUAGUUUUAAAAUACUGAUACUUUUUUCAUGACUAGGUUUAAAUCUAUUUUAUUUCAGGGAUAUCGUGUAUCUUGAAUAUUGUGAACAAAAUUUUCAAAAACGACUUGGUAGAUUAAAUGUGUUUGCUGCAUACUGCAAAUGUUGGACUCCUUAUAAUGGUCCAAUCAUAAAAUUGUAAUUUGUAAUCAAGUAAAAUAUAUUUGCUCUGUAAGCAGGCAAGCAUUAGGUCUAUAGUUUAUGUUGGUAAUUUUCUGGUAUAGGUUAUAGGUUUACAUAUUGUAAAUAUGCAUUUUUGUAACACACUAUUUUGUCAUGUGUUUACUUUCAAUAAACUAUAUAUGAAA